GCGAUAUAUAAAGAGGGCGAGCAGGGGAAGAGCGCGGCAGUCGGCGCCAGUGGGACCGCGACGUGAGGAGCAGUAGCUGUCGUCCGCCCGUCUCCAGCCAGCCAGCCAGCCACGCACUCCCUCCCGAAACACUCGACAUGGCUGACCAACUGACUGAGGAACAGAUUGCUGAGUUCAAAGAGGCAUUUUCCCUCUUCGAUAAAGAUGGUGAUGGUACCAUCACAACGAAGGAGUUGGGGACUGUAAUGAGGUCUUUGGGCCAGAAUCCCACUGAAGCAGAAUUGCAGGAUAUGAUCAAUGAAGUUGAUGCUGAUGGUAAUGGAACUAUUGACUUUCCUGAGUUCUUGACCAUGAUGGCGAGGAAAAUGAAGGAUACAGAUAGUGAAGAGGAAAUUCGUGAAGCAUUCCGUGUAUUUGACAAGGAUGGUAAUGGCUAUAUCAGUGCGGCAGAGCUGCGUCAUGUUAUGACAAACCUAGGGGAGAAAUUGACAGACGAAGAAGUAGAUGAAAUGAUUAGAGAAGCAGAUAUUGACGGUGAUGGCCAAGUCAACUAUGAAGAAUUCGUACAGAUGAUGACUGCAAAAUGAAGACUUUUACCUUCCCCCUUCCUAGAAAGUUGAAAUCUUUUACUUACCUCUUGCAAAAUGUUCAUUUAUUCAUUCUGUUUCUGUAUAGCAAAAGUUACUGAAUGUCAAAAAAUAAAACCUGUCCACAAACUCUGCAUGUAAAAUGAUCAGUGGUCCUGUCCCCAAAGAUCUUCAAGCCAUGCAUCAGUAAAACUUGUACUACCUUAAAAACGAAGCAAUUGGACUCUAUGAAGUUCCAUGCUAAAAUACACUGUUUGGGCUGGCCAGUUUUUCAUGCAUGCAGCUUGACAGUUGAGCACAGCCUGGCUCUGUUAAUUCCACUUUAUGUUCUUUGUGGGAAUAGCUUAGUUUUUUCCAGUUGUAUAUUGUACCAGGAUGAUUAGUUCCUGAAAAGUUGGUUAAUUUUGUGUGCUACGGCAAACUACAAUAGAAGGUUGUAAUUGUGUGACGGUCCCUGGGGUGGAAUCGUUCUCAUACUUAAACAGUGUGCUCAAGCAAUUACCAGGACUGAAGAUCUUAUUUUAAAUAUUUAAAAAAAAAAAAGGAUGGCAUGUCUGUAUAAAACUUGGUUAACGUGUCUGCAUUGCACUAUAGUGAAACGGAUGUCAGGCAAUUUACCGUUCACUGAAUUUUUAAAAUUACCUAUGAAAAGGGGGUGUCUUGAACUCUCGUUUAUCUUCUGUUCUAUACCAUAACUUGGAGCCGUCAGAGUAUAUCUACAUAGGACUUCAGCACAAUGACGACAUGGCUGUUCAGCAAAUUACAAUUAUGUUCAUUCCAAGUUGUAAAUGCUAGUCUUUUUUCCAAUAAAAGACCAUUAACUUAA